UUUGAAUGGUUAAAAGGAGAUGUCAAAUUGCGUUUACUUACCUACUUGUGUAGGUAUUUUGUUUUAGUUGUAUAUUUUUUCUAUUAUUCGUGGUAAAUUGAUGCGAAUAGCAUUAUAAAGUUAUAGCCGUCCGUUGUUCCUGUAUUUCGUAAAAUAAUGAAUCGCAGAAGGGCACAUGAAGAGGAGGAUGGUUAUGAGCGAUUACACAGAAAGCGACGACGUGUAUCUGAGAAUCAAGAGAUAGAAGAUAGACUUGAAUCGCUUAUUCUGCGAGUUGGUGAGAAGAGCAGUUCCAGUUUAGAAAGUAAUUUGGAAGGGUUGGCGAGUGUAUUGGAGGCUGAUUUAAGCACUUUUCGCGUGAAGAUAUUACGUAUUUUGACCGAUUGCGCUAUCCGUAUGCCCGAAAAAUGCACCAUAUAUGCAACACUAGUUGGUCUGCUUAAUGCUAAGAACUACAACUUUGGUGGAGAAUUUGUAGAUUAUAUUGUGAAAACUUUUAAAGAAAACCUGAAGACAGGAAAAUGGAAUGCGGCCAGAUAUUGCCUCAGGUUUAUAUCUGAUUUAGUAAAUUGCCAUGUACUGGCUGCUUCAUCAUUGAUAACUUUGUUAGAAUCAUUAGUAGACUGUGCUAAUGAAGAUGGUGUACCACAAGUAAGAAGGGACUGGUUUGUUUUUGCUGUACUUUCUGCUUUACCAUGGGUUGGCAGAGAACUGUAUGAGAAAAAGGAAUCUCAGCUGGAGCAUUUACUUGUGACUAUCGAAGUAUUUCUUAAUAAGAGGAGUAAGAAGCACUGGCCUGCUUUAAAGGUAUGGUCAACAGAUACACCUCACCUGCAAGAGGAGUACCUUGAUUGCCUUUGGGCGCAAAUAAAGAAAUUAAGACAGGAUAACUGGUCAGAGAAACAUAUACCGAGACCAUAUCUUGCAUUUGAUUCUAUUCUGUGUGAAGCGCUACAACAUACACUUCCAUCUAUACAGCCACCACCACACAAUGAUAAUGACACUUACCCAAUGCCUCGUGUCAUAUUCCGGAUGUUUGAUUAUACAGAUUGUCCCGAUGGCCCUGUGCUUCCUGGAGCUCAUUCCAUCGAGAGAUUUCUAAUAGAGGAACACCUCCACAAUAUUAUAGAAGCAUACCAUUUGGAAAGAAAAGAGUGUGCAGCUCAGUUACUUUGUUUUCCAUAUAAAGCAAAGAUUCCCCUUGAAUAUUGUAUAGUGGAAGUUAUUUUUGCUGAGCUAUUCAAUUUACCUAGGCCUAGGUAUUUAGAGAUCUGCUAUGGAUCUAUCUUAAUUGAAUUAUGUAAGCUUCAACCAUCCUCGAUGCCGCAAGUCUUGGCACAGGCUACAGAGAUACUAUUCUUGAGAAUUGAUACCAUGAAUGUUGCUUGUUUUGACAGAUUUGUCAAUUGGUUUUCAUACCAUUUGAGCAACUUCCAAUAUCGUUGGUCCUGGGAAGACUGGGAGGGAUGCACUCAACUAGACCUAGAUCAUCCCAAACCAAGAUUCAUAAGAGAGGUGCUCGGAAAAUGUUUACGGUUGUCCUACCACCAAAGAAUCAAGGAUAUUACUCCAGAGACAUUUUCAGCAUUUGUACCAUUGAAACCAGAGCCAAUUUACAAAUAUUCUAUGGAGGGUGCAGCCUCACUGCCCGGCACCGAAGCAGCCCAUCAGUUAGUCGUGUGCGUUCGUAACAAGUGUACACCAGAGGAAGCCCUGAACGUGCUCCGCGAGUUACCGAACCCGCUGCGCGAAGGUGAACAGCCGGCGGCCGCGCAGGCAGCGCCCCACAACCCGCUGAAGAUUGACGUCUUCGUGCAGACACUCCUCAAUUUGGGCAGCAAGAGUAUCUCACACAGUUUCGCGGCGAUAUCCAAGUUUCAUUAUGUAUUCAAGAUUCUAGCGGAAUCCGAGGAGGCGCAGAUCUGUAUACUGCGCAACGUGUGGGAGCUGUGGCAGCGGCACCCGCAGAUGGUGUGCGUGUUGGUGGACAAGAUGCUGAAGACGCAGAUAGUGGAGUGCAGCGCGGUCGCCACGUGGCUCUUCUCCAAGGAGAUGGCGCCGUACUUCACGCACGGCUACCUCUGGGAGGUGUUGCACCUCACCAUAGACAAGAUGAAUAAACACGUGUCCAAAUUGAGCGGAGAACUACAGGAGGCGAGAGAAGCACUGGCCAGAGCUGACUCCAGCAGUUCAGAUUCAGAGGACGAGGGCGGCAGCAAGAAGAAGAAAGAUCAAGAUAAACCUACUGAGGAGGCGGUAGAGCGCAUGGAGGAGCGGCUAGAAGCGGCCCAUAUGGAUCAGAAGCGGCUGUUCCUGAUCGUGUUCCAGCGGUUCAUCAUGAUCCUGUCGGAGCACCUGGUGCGCUGCGACACGGACGCGCGCGACCCCGUCACGCACUGGUACCGCAGCACCAUCGGCCGGCUGCAGCAGGUCUUUUUAGUUCAUCAUGAACAAGUUCAGAAGUACAGCAGCACGUUGGAGACGCUGCUUUUUACCCAAGAUCUGGACCCGCACAUACUGGACGUAUUCCAUCAGUUCGUCGCACUGACGGCGUAAUUUCAUAAUUAGAGUUGCACUUAGAUUGUUCAGUUUUCAACCCACUAUUGUGUGGCAUAAAAAAGACUGGUUUUAUUAUGUUCGAAUUAAGUUUGGACAGAUAGUAUGUAUAAGUGAAAAAAAGCAGAAGGAACACAUACACCACAUUUUAUCAGUUGUAAUAAAUAGAUGUAUUAUUAACCUGAUUGACAUUUAUUAUUGUAUAUUACACAAGAUUAUAGAAAAAUAAAUCUUACCAAGAGUGUAUGUAACGUUUAUGCAUUUUUGUAUAAAUAAAUUAUUGAAAGUAA